AUGGGGCUUGGUCUCAGCAGCCUCGAGAGGACACUCGAUCAAGCGGAUCCCGAGAUCGCUGUCGUGGUCCAGUCUGCACGGAACAUGCUUGAGAGCUCCAAGAUCGAACCUGCCUACGUCCAAGGUUGGUUUCAGCCUGAUAAUGAAUACAGCAAGAGAUUAGAGGAAAAGCUCCAGGGGAUGGGGCUAUCAGAACUUGUCGAGGCUUUCUUCUAUCGCAACGAGACCCGCGCCCUCUACGGUGACCGGGUGAUUAUCCCGCGCAGAUCAGCGCCGAAGGGACAGGAACCCUCCCCGUCUCGACAAAAGCUGGAGGACACGCCAUACCCAGAAGUGUCGGACAGAAUGAUCUAUAAGAAAGAAAGCCAGAAAAAGCAUGGAGAGCAGGAAGAAGCCAGGCGGAACCGGCAUCGUAGUUGUCAGCACGACAGCCACGCGAGAUGUCCUGAAGUCGCCGCCGAAUGCGGCGCUGAACACGCCAAGUCAAUCAAGGACACCAGAACCCAGGCGGGCAAAGGACCUGGCAAAGACGAGCAGCUGUACGCUGCCAUCUACACGCAGGAAAUCGCUGCCCGCCUCGUUCAGGCGCUCAACGACCGGUGCAUACGCGCUGAAACCACGGUGCGACUGCUGCUUCGAUCCUUACAGCCACCAGAACGAAACGCCUCCUCCCGCGCGCCAGAUGCUGAUUAUUCUCAAAGCGCCUCGCCUAGGAGGUCGUCUAGUAAGCCCAGCUAUGUGGGCAUUAAAAGAGGCCGAGGAGAUGACAUGGAAGAUGACUACCCGCGGCAGCGGGCUUGGACGAGAGUCCGGCACGACAGCGGUAGUUUUGACAGUCGUGGUUCCCCAUUCACAGGGUAG